AUGCCGACAUCCAACAGCACAAAGAAUGAUCGUCUCAAGCCGGGCUUUAUAUCUCAACUGCCAUUAAAGACCUGCAUAAAAUGUAAUGGCCUCAUUGUCGGCUCGCCGCCGCCCCUCCUCGGUCCGGUUGGCCCUCUUCCGUCCCAUUUGGCAGCGAGAAGAGAGGGAAAAAAGUCAGACAUUGUCCGGAUUCAAGGACACCCCUCGGCUCAGUCUGCGCCGGUGCCAAAAGGAGCCGGCCACCGAACGAGCCCAAAACGCCUCAGCAACCAGUCUUGUUGGCUGUGCAUGCAGCAUUAA